AUGUCCAUGGCUGAUUUCGGGAUGGAUACGGAUUUCCUCGGUGAGGAAAACUUGUCCAUGGCGGUCGAUUCAGACCCAAAGCAGUCUGCUGAGGCCAAGGCUGGUGGUGGUGGCAAGAGACAACCCGUCACCAUGUGCAUCUGCCCUGGAUGUAUUUUUCCGAAGUAUGCAGGUUCCCGGUUCUGCGCUGAGGGGGACCAUAAGAAGGGUUGGGACAACAUGCUGUACCAACGCCGAACAAGGAAGGAUCUCUCUGAGGAAGACCGGACCGCCUUUGACGAGGCCAUGAAAAGUGACGAUGUGGCCGGGAAAGCCGUCCUGGACUUCAGCCGAGACAACCCACCUGAGCUAAAACGCAAAGCCCUCGUAGACUUCGCCCAGUUCAGGCGGAUCGUAGGACACAGGCUCAGCGCGAAGGACGAGGCAGGCGAUGUGCCAAUGACCGAGAGGGCGUUCUAUCGUCAUUGCGACAAUGUGCUGGGCCUCGAGCCCGAGGAAGCCAAAGAGCAGCUGGGUUGCACGCAAGGCUUGUGCUCAUGA